AUCUGGCGAAACCGUAUUCCUUGUGCCCAGCUCCAAGAAGUGAACGAUUUCCCUCAGUUUCCCUCGACCCGUAACACGGGUGAGCUACAGCAUUGCACUACUUUGCCGGCAACAGUCCUUAACCAGGAGAGCCUUGCAGUUUUGAGGACCAUUCCCAAUCUCCAGUCGUACACCGCGACCUUUAACAAGUUCAAGAACACCAACAACAACCUCGGCCUCUGGAUUAACAUUGGGUGGAUGACCUCAACCAUUCUGGAGGCAAUUAUGGGCGAUUUUGAGGUCCGAUACGGAUUUUACAACAGCAACACCAACCUGUUUUAUUUCGCCUAA